AUGCCUGUUCGAAAUAUUAAAAUCCUACAACUACUACUAUUAUUACUAGUAGUCUCAUGGAAUCCUGUUUGUUUAGCAACAUAUGUUACACACCCCAAUAUCGACUUGAGAUCCUUAGAGCAACUUGGAAUAUCAGGAUCAUAUAAAGGCAUCUCGGUCUAUCGAGACACUGAACAACUAACACAGUUACCAAAGUCAACAUCUUCUGUCAUUUCUUUUAAUAACGACACUUUAAAAUUAAUCGGCACUUCAAAUAUAGAUGGCACAAUUCUCGAUGCCUGUAUUGUUAAUGAAACAUUGUAUUUUGCUGGAAACUUUAGUACUGUGAACGGACAAUCAAUGAAUCACAUUGCUUCGUUUGAUCUCACUUCGAAGAAACUGCAACCAUUAAAACAGGGAUUGGACGGCAUUGUAUACAGUCUUGUUUGCGAAGCACAACAAAUCUAUGUUGGUGGAUCAUUUAUUGCACCAGUGGAUGAAACAGUCAAAUAUUCGGAUUCUUUAGGCACAUUUGGUGGUAGUGUAGCUAUUUGGAAAGACAGCACAUGGCAUGCAUUACCUUGGAAGGGCCUAAAUGGUCCCGUUUAUUCUAUCCUCAAAAACUCAAGCAUGCUUAUUUUUGGUGGUCAGUUUGAUACGACAACAGAUGGACAACCUUAUCACGCCCCUGCAAGUCAGCCUAUUAGUAUACCAACAACUGGUGUAUCUGCAGUGAAUACGUCUACGAAUUCAGCACCAGCAACCUCUAUCUUGUGUGCUGAUGCCUCCAACACAAAUCCUUGGUUAUUGACAGAUGGUGCCACAGGUACCUGGCAAGCUAGUUUUAUUGAUUAUAGUGUGAAUCCUGUCUUGAUUCGUAUUGCCAACUCUAAACUCGACAAUCAUCAAACAAAAGAAUUCUCAAUUCGCUCUUUAUCUGAUUCUACAAUGUAUGAACUGACUUAUUUGGACCCUGACACAAAUGUAACAAAAACCUGCUCAACAAACUGUAUGCUAUCAAAAGAUAUGAAUGUUGGAUACCAAGACUUUAGAAUUACCAAUAUUUCAUUAUCCAGCGGUAUUGCUAUUGAUAUCAAGUCAUGGUAUGGUGCAAGUGGUGGAUUAGCUUCUGUCAAAGUCUUUCAAUCUGAAAUCUUUGCUUAUGCGGUACCUGUCGAAAGCAGCAACCUUUGUGCUGCCACAACAAAUACAAAUCUUCCAAAGGUAGUCAAGACAGGAGGUGCAUGGACAAACACAACAGGCGCUGGUGCUUAUUCAACCAUCACAGUGACUUCAUCUUCCACAAAACCUUCUGCUACAUUCUAUCCCAACUUGGCAGAAUCAGGUUUCUAUGAAGUGCUUGUCUAUACGCCUGCUUGCGAAAACUGUACAACUGUUGAUGCUCUUGUUUAUGCAACUAGUAAUUCAAUCGUAGCAGCGAACACCACUAUUAAUCAGCAAUCAUCUACGAGUCAAGUGAUUUACAAUGGCUAUUUUGAUGUGAGCUCUUCGUUUCAACCUCACAUUACUCUGACAUUGGGCCAUAAUGUUACCUUGAAUAGCGGAGAAUCUGCAACUAUGAUAGCACAUGCUGUUCAAUUUAUUAAAGAUGUAUCACUCGGUGGACUAACAAGCAUACUUCAAUACAAUUCAUCUGAUACAAAAAUGACCACAAAAGAAGCAAUUGGUUGGAGCGCACUCAAAGAUAAUUUACCUUCUCAGUCUGUCGUAAAAACAAUGCAAUUAGUAGACAACCACGUCUUAUUAGCAGGUAAUUUUUCUGCUACAGACAAGAGUAAUGUGAAAUAUAGCAAUCUCGUUCAAUAUGACAUGGCUGCUAAUCAACUAAAGUCACUUACCAAUGGUGGUCUAAAUGGUCCAGUUGAGUCAAUGGCUUGUAUUUCAGCAGAUUGUUUCGUUGGUGGUAUGUUUACUUUGGUAUCAAAUGGAACUUUGGCUUUGAACAACAUUGCACAAUAUAAUCUGCAAAAAGCAACUUGGACUGCAUUAGAAGGAGGUGUAGAUGGCGCUGUGAACUCAGUCAGUGUAUUCAAUGAUCAUGUGCUUGUCUCUGGCAAUUUUAGCAAGAAUGGCACACAAGGAAAUGCUUGGUGGGAUAUCAAAACCAAACAGUGGAUCCAAGAUGAAACUAUACCCUUCUUAGAUGGCAUUAUUACUAGCGUUCAAAGCUACAACAACGUAGAUUAUUAUAUGGGCAGCAUGACAAACGCUCAACGAUAUCGAUCCAAUGGUAUUUCAUUCAUCACUUCAUCUAGCGACAUAACCAUGUUGUCUCCCAUGAGCGCAUUUGCCCCUAUUACCAAUCAGAGUACAGUUAGUUCAGGUGUGCUUUUCAGAAGUAACACAACUGCAAACAAUGAAACACGCACUACUAUUCUGGGUGGCACUUUCUCAUUAUCUAACAAUAUUCAAAAUGUGGCAAUUUACAAUCAAGGUGAAUGGAGUGGUAUUGAAGGGACAAAUUGGCAAGGUUCUGUCAACUCAAUGGCUGUGGAAAACAACUUGCUUUAUGUGGGUGGCGAGUUCUCAGGAUCUAAUAUCAAUCAUCUUGCUGUCUUUAACUUGACUAGCAAGGCACCUUUUCUUGCACCCAAUCUUACAACAGAUGAUGGUACUUCUGCUUAUGUGAAUACAAUCCGCCACGUUCCAUCCCUCAAUAUGAUGGUCAUCGGUGGUCGUUUCAACAGUAUUGAUACUGUCCCCUGUACUUCUAUUUGUGGUAUUAGCACUACCAAUCAUUCAUGGACUACACUUGGUUCAGGAUUAGCGGGUGAAGUCGUGGAUAUACAGCCCAUCAACAAUUCUCUUAUUGUCGCCAGUGGCAAUCUGACACUCGACAACUCGUCGUUAUUGAUUGCUAAAUAUGACUUCAAACAAAACACAUGGGGUCCUUUAGGCACUGCAGAUUUACCUGGACCUUCUCGUCAUAUUGCAUUUGAUAAUAUUACUCAAAAUCUCUAUAUUGCAGGAGAAGCCAAUGGUUCUACCUUCUUACACGUUUGGGAUGGACAACAGUUCAUGGCUCCUAAUAGUCAGCUAGGCCCCGGUAGUACAAUCCAACAACUCACCAUGUUACCUGUCAUGGACGCUUCUGCUCAGAAUAUUCUUUUGGCUUCAGGCUUCCUCAACUUGGGUACUUAUGGUAACGUUAGUGCGGCUUUUUUUGAUGGCAAAAACUGGAUUCCUUAUCUUGUCACCUCUGGUGCUCAAGGUAGUAGUAGUGAUGUUUCUCUUGGUAGUCUUUUCUAUUUGGAUCAACCGUACACAAUCAUUGCAGAAAUCAUUCAACACUUCUUACCUAGACCCGUUGUAAUUUUGAUCGCUAUUGCUUGUUCUUUAGGUAUUGUGUUCUCUAUUGCUUCUAGUGCAAUUGCCAUCAUAUUCUUGAAACGAAAACGAGACCGUAAAAUUGACCCUCAAGAACAUCCAUCUACAUACUACGGCAAACCACCCCGUUCACCUGAAUCUCUUCUAGAAGCCUUAAAACAGUCUUCUCCACCUGAAGAUGAUGAUGAUGAUAUGGAUGAGGACAAUGCUGAAAAGCGUCCACGUACAGAAACUGAACAAGAAACACUGUACAACCUCUCUAAGGCUAUCAGCUCUGAUCAUUUGAAUGAGCAGGCAUUUGGUGCAGCUGCCAUGACCACUGCAAGACCUACACCCAACACCCAUUCGAGACAAUCUUCUUCACACAAUUUCUUUUACAAUACAAACAAUAGUCCUGUUCCAAGAAAAGGAAGUGCUGCUUCUAUUGGUUAUGGUGGACAAGUAGCUCUUCCUGCUGCUGCUGCUGCUGCUAUCUCAAACAAAUUUACUUCUUCUGCUCGUCCUGAAUCAUUUGCUAGACCUUACAGUGAAAUUCAACGUGAUCCUCAGCCCGAGUUUCUCCAUAACAACGACUACACUACCAAAGAAAUGACCGAAAUACCUGGUCGUAGCUAUAGCCCCUACAAUCCGUUUAGAAAUUCAGUUAUGAGCACCAAUUUGGACCCUUUUAAUGGUAAUACUGCUGCUCUUGGUGUUAGCGCUACUGACGGUAUAGUCCCUGCUGUUAAUAUGGCAACCGCGAAUCAUGACAAACAAAACGAGAAUACAGCUCAGAGUAUAAUGACAAACAAGGACAAUAGUACACCUCAAGCAGUUUCAUAUUCCAACAUUCCUGCUGCUGUUCCUUCAACCUUCCAUAUUGAUAAUCAGCAACAAAAUGUGACUUAUACCAAUGUUCCUGCUGCAACUCCUUCUAGUUACACUGUUAUUCAAAACAACAAUGUUUGA